AUGGAGCCGAACACGGCGUCGCGUCUCCGCGAGCGUGAUAGCAACAAGCUGCGCGACUUUUUGGCGAUGACGGGGCCGCUUGGCGUCUCGCACAUGCUCAUCUUUAGCCAGACGGAUGCCGGCGCUAAUUUGCGUAUCUUGCGCGCGCCUCGCGGGCCGACCGUCACGUUCCGAAUCAACAAGUUUGCCCUUGCCGGCGAUGUCCUGCACAGUUCGCGGCGGCCCAUGACGCUCGGUGCAGAAUACAAUUCGCCUCCUUUGCUUGUGCUGAACAAUUUCGGAGGCGAGGAGCGACAUGUGAAACUGUUGGUCACCGUGUUCCAAAAUUUGUUUCCUCCGUUGCAUGUGCACUCCAUGCGACUGGCGCAGGUAAGGCGCAUUGUGCUGCUGAACUACAAUGCUGAGACAAAAACAGUGGAUUGGCGACACUACCUGAUCUCGGUGCGUCCUGUAGGUGUGUCGCGGUCUGUGCGUCGGAUCAUCGAGGGGUCGACGAGGACGUCGAGUGCCUCGGCGGGCAGUGUGACGGGCCACGGGGGCGAGCAUAAACGGCAUGGGCGUGCGCUUGUCAACCUUGCCAAUGCUACGGACAUUGCCGAAUACGUGAUGCGUGGGAGCGCCGCGAUGGGCGGCGAGGAUACCGAUACGAGCGAGGCCGAGUCGGAGGCAGAGGACAUGGCCGAUCCGAAAAAUGCAGUGGAGCUCUCGCAGAACUACUUGGGGCGGAGUAAUGCGGCGAAUACGCAGCGUGCUGUGCGUUUGCGUGAAAUUGGGCCGCGGAUGGAACUUCGCCUUGUCAAGAUUGAAGAAGGAUUGAACGGCAGCGAAGUUUUGUACCAUGAUUAUGUCCAAAAGAGUGCCAAGCAAGUCGCGCAGCAGACACGUGCACUUGCGGAGAAGAAACGCAUUGCUUCGAGCCGUCGUAUGGAGCAGGAGCGCAAUGUGGAGCGCAAGAAACAGGAAAAGGCCGCGCGCAAAGUUGCAUUUGCUGACGAAGAAGAAGAAGAAGAAGAAGAGGAGGAGGAUGAAGAGGAUGAAGGAGACGACGAUGAAUUUGCGUACGAGGACGAGGCCGUGGCUCCGAGCACACGCGGCGACCGCGAUAUUGCCAACGACGUACUCGAUAGCGACGAGGACCUCUUUGACGACGACGAAGCACCCUCCGAGGCAGACAUGGACCUUCCGUAG